AUGUCGAGAACGAUGUCGGGCUCGACGGCGGCGCCUGAGCUCUCGGCGCGCAACGGCGGUGGAAAUGGCGGAGGCGUUGGCGGGGCUGCCGGGGGAAACGCGGCGAUAGCUGCCACCGGCAACAGGCCAGCUGCACCAAGCACCAGCAACAGCGUUGGGAGCACGAGCAGCAACAAACCCAACGACGCGAGCCAGCCCGAAGGCGCGGGAGAAUGGUUCAAUGACGCAUCUGAGGAAGGCGCUGCAUCGCCUGAAUACACUGCCGAUGAUAAACCUCGGCGCAAGCGAAGGGUCAGUUCCAGUUUCCUCGAUGCUCGAGUCUUGGUGGCGGCUCUCAAUUCAGGCUCUCGCUAGCGAGGGGCGCGCGCCGGUCGGCUGUCGUGUGUGUGUCUGUUUCGUGUGGCAAAUGGCUAACGGGCGGCUUUUUCCUAUGAUCCCUGCUUGGCGGUGCCUUGCUCGUCUUGGGCGAUCUUGAUUCGGCAAAUUCCAAUGUCUUGACAUGCUCAGCCCGUCACCUGUGCCCGUGAGUCGGGUCGUUCUAAGCUUCUGCGCGGACUGGGCCCGAUUAGUGGCGCCCGAAGCUAAUCACUGCUAUCGAGGAUCACUAUAUAGAAUGUCGUAAACGGCAAGUUGGAACUCACCUUGACUUUAGGACUGCGCUGCAUCUCUAGCCGGAAGGCAUGCUUGACGGGGAGUAAAGCUAAUCUCCGAUAUUUCUGACCGGAGUCGACAGCAAGCUCAAAUGCGAUCGCGGCUCACCAUGUGGUGUAAGUCGAACCUCUCCCAUCUAGACUUGGGCUCUCGAGCUCCUUUAUACCUCGCGCGCGGGGAGCUCGCGUAUGCGCGUGCUCAGUCUUGCUCGAUCAUGCUCGGGUCAUGCUACUCGCAUGAUACAACAACUUUCUGGCCAGACCAGGUGCCUCCUAUCCCGAGCUCCACUGACCUCUGUUCUGUGGCUCCCCCCCCGGUUCCCUGACAUGCUUGCCCGCACGUAUCUCGUUGAUUCUGCGCCGCGCCACCCUCCGCACCGCUCUCGUCAACGCACGCUCUUCUUCGCGUUCCCAUGUUACCCCGCAUGGCCGUCACAAUAGGCUUGCCGAGAUCGGCAGGAAGGUCACCUGUGCGAAUGGGAGGGAGCUGUUCGAUUGCCGUGAGUUGACGGCUUUGCUGUGUGCGGAAGCUGAGCCGCUGGGCUCCGCUGACACGCUAUUGUCAUCAUGGUUUGCAGCAAUCCGGCUUUUACUCGAGAUCAGGAAGCACAGGAUUUGAGGCAUCAAUUGGAUAGGCUUGAGGGGCUGCUCAACAUUCUGAGCGGGAGCGAGGGAGAGAAGCCGCGGGCCAAUGCCGAAGUCGCCGCUGCGCGUGCUCUCGGGAUGCUGUCCGUACGUGUAACCCAGACCGCUUUUGAGCGUCGAUCGGCGGUGACUCUUGUUUUUUGGAGUUGCUGAUUUGAUCCUGUUUGUUUGCAUGCUUCACAGGGUACAUCUAAUGGCGGGAGUGCGGACAGUCGUGGGUCUGUGAACGGGGGUGUGGGGGCCGACGCGGUCGAUCGGAUCGCGCAGCUGUUGCCUGACCAGCACGAGGUACGCCCGCCUUCGGAAACGUCGCGCAAAUCGGGUGGCAUCGUAUGCAGGAUCACUGACAACAUCAAAUUACAUUAUUUGUAGCUCGAUCUGGCCAUCGAGCAGUUCCUCUCCGACGUUGUACCCUUUCUGCCCAUCUGCCACGCCCCUUCCUUCAGCGCGCGCUUGCGUCAGUUCGACGAUAAGAAUGCACUUGAGGAUCCUGCGCUCCUCGCUAUCGUGCUGGGUAUUCUUGGCUUAUACUCUAAUAGCCAAUCUAUCGAAGAUGUACCACGGUCGAGGUUGUCCUCUGGUCGCGCUUUGCUGAACGGUGCGAAGACCGCCCUGAAGCUUGCAAAGUAAGCACUUCGCUCGCGAUGGGCGAACCUGUCUAGCUUUCGCAGCUGCUGAUACUACGGCCGUCCGUACUGUCAGCUACGCUGUCUCUCCAUCACUCGACUCGCUACGAGCACAGCUGAUCAUUCAUUAUCACGAAACGUCGCAAGACUUGCCCGAGGCACCGUUCUCGCUCGAUGCGAUCAUUAGGUCAGCGCAGGUGAGUCGAUCGCUCUUUAUUACUGUCAUCAUAUCAGACGUUGAGUGCCCGUUCCGCUAUGAAAAUACCAGAACCUUGGUCUGGUAAGCCUCUUGCUCGAAAAUUCGCAAUCGACGCCGAACGACUCAACCCCCGGCGAAACCCUUGUUUGCCCCACAGCAUUGCGAUUCAAACUCCUACCGUCUGUUCAACUGCAUCGAGCUGGAGGAGAGACGGCGCAUCUGGCACUACAUCAUCUCCGUCGACUGGUUGUGAGUCACGCGGGGUUACCUGACAAGUCAUCAGCCCGGCUGACCCGUCCAUCCUGUUUCGCAGAAGCAAUGGCGGGCGAACCUAUACAUGCAGUUCCUACCAAUACGACACCCGAUUUCCAGCCAAUGCAUUUGACGUCGACAUCACCCACGAUGCCGUAGGGCAACGCCCUUUCGGAGCCGCGACUCCGACGCUGUACAUUUCUCAUCUCGCCCAGAUCGCCUCCGCUUCGCGAACCAUCACCGAACGGAUCUUUGCCGUUCACACGCCGUUGCCUGUGACGUGGCAUGCGAUCCUGCAGCUCAGCGAAGAGUUGAACCGGAUUGAAGCGACAUUUCCAGGAUCGUUCCUGCUCGACUGGAAGGGGGAGGUGGUUCGACCUUUGGACCCGCAGAGCGCGUCGCUCGAUAUGAUUCGCAUCAAGGUGCGCUUACAAUUGCUCAGGCAGCACCUACGUCUCAACAGGUCAUUGUGAGUCCGGUCUGCACUAGCGUGGGAUCGCUGCGAAAUCUGUGGUGCUAAGCCAUUGCUCUCUUGCGGGCGUAUCAGUUUGGUCCGGGGGUGCUCGGACCCUCGCUUCAAGGAAGGAAGCGCAAAAUGUUGCUGGGCUGCGUGAGUGUCAUGUCACACGCUUCAUUCAUGCAAUGCUUUGGACUGACCAGUGGAAACCGCUCUUUCGUCUAGACACCAAAUUUUGUCCAUCUUCAGAGGCUACGAGCAGCACCCGAAGCUCUCUUCUUCCGCCGAAGUCACCCAUCACGCCUUGAACGCCAUCCUCGUACUUGCCGUUGAUCUAUUGCGUACGUCACAAUACUUCCACGUCGCGAAUGCACAAUUGAUUUAGUUCAUCUGCACUUUUCGUUACAUCCCCACGUUAUCCAGAGGACCCCGAGGGACCUGGCAACGAUUUCACGAGGCGGCAGCUGACGGCCUCGAUCGCGAUCCUCGAAGGUCGACAAACGCACCCCGUACCCUUCGAGCUUCAACGUGAAUGCAUACGCGUCGCCUCCUACCUGAUCCGCCAAUCCUCUGGAGGACCCGAACGAUCACGCAAGCGCACGACACCAGGAGGAUUCCCCCGUACCACUGGUUCCGAACACCCUUCAACGACUUUGGCUCCCAUCCUCUCCGGUCCUACUUCAAUGCGAGGGAUCGAAAUGCCUUUCACGGUUCCGAUGCCGUUGACGAUCGCGUUGGAUCCAUUUGGGAGUCGAAGGGCGGCUCUAAUGUCCCCUUCGAACCAGAAUGAGAUGGCUGCGCUUUGGAAUGGUUUAAGGCGCUGGAAGGGGAUGUAUGGACUUCCUGAUCUCAGGGAGGUCGAUGAAUUGGUCAAGAUCUCCAUGGGAGGUCGGGCCUUUAGCGAAGGGAUCGAUUUAUUACAACCCUAA